AUGGCUGGCGCAAAGGUCUUUUCUAUCGAGGGCAAGGGCCUGAAACUCACCACAGCGGCGGACAUUGAGCCGCACAUUCAGGAGUUGAAGACCAACAACGAUGUGGAAGAGGUCAAGUUCCUAGGAAACACCCUAGGUAUCGAAGCCAGCGAGGCGCUGGCCAAGGUUCUGGAGACCAAGAAGAAUCUGCAGGUCGCAAACCUCGCCGACAUCUUCACCUCCCGUCUUCUCUCUGAGAUCCCGCCUGCGCUAUCGCACCUCCUUACUUCCCUCCUUACGCUACCAAAGCUCCACACCGUCGAUCUCUCCGACAAUGCCUUCGGCCUCAACACUGUUGCCCCGCUCGUCGACUUUCUGUCGCAACAUACCCCACUUCGCUACCUCUAUCUGAACAACAACGGUCUCGGCCCAGCUGCCGGUGUGCUCGUCGCCGAUGCGCUGACUGCACUUGCCGCAAAGAAGGAAGCCGCGCGCAAGGAAGGCAAAGACGUACCAGACCUCGAGCUCGUCAUCUGCGGUCGCAACCGUCUGGAGAACGGCAGUAUGGCCGCAUGGGCAAAGGCAUACGCAGCAAACAGCGGCGUCAAGACGAUCAAGAUGACGCAAAACGGUAUCCGACAGGAAGGCAUCUCACACCUCAUCACAAACGGCCUCGCACACUUGACCAAGCUCGACACCCUCGACCUCCAAGACAACACCUUCACUGCCAUGGGCGCAAAAGCCCUCAGCCAAGCCGUAGUAAACUGGACCCACCUCCGCGAACUCGGUGUCGGCGACUGCCUCCUCAGCAGCCGCGGCGGCAUCGCCCUCGCCGCCGCCCUAGAAAAGGGGCAGAACAAAAAGGUCGAAGUCCUGCGCCUCCAGUUCAACGAAAUAAACGCCAAGGGCCUCGCGGGCCUCGCAUCUGCUUCUCACACCGCGCUCCCUUUACUCCGCCGCAUCGAAAUCAACGGCAAUAAGUUCGACGAGGAAGAUCCUAGUCUCGAUAAGCUGCGUGAGGUCCUGGGUGCGCGCAAGGACGAGUCGGGUGAGAAGGCUGAUGAUGAAGAGUACUGGGGUUUGGAUGAGUUGGAUGAACUCGAGAGCGAUGAUGAAGAGGACGAGGAAGAGAGCGAUGAGGAGGAGAAGAGGGGAGAGGCGGCGAAACUGGUGGCGGAUGAUAAGAAGGACGAGGAGAGUAAUGUGGCACAGGACAAGGAUGCAAAGGUCGAUGACCUGGCUGACUUGAUGAGCAAGACGGAGAUCAAGUAG